AUGUCUACAGAAAGGAAUUCCGGGAGCGUGACAGAUCGGACAAAUCAUGAAAGAUCGCCGAGCCUCGAGGAGCAUCUGGAGCAUGCGGGCGUCGGGAUGUUCCAGUUGUGCAUAUUCUUGAUUGCAUCGUUGAUGGUGGCGGCUGACGGCAUGGAGAUGACCGUGAUAAGCUUGCUUCGGAAGCCUCUUCAGAAGGAAUGGCAGCUGAAUGAUUACGAAUUUUCAUCUGUCGGAUCGACUGUUUUUGCUGGCCUCUUGCUCGGAAAUCUCAUCGGAGGUUACUUAGCAGAUAGAUACGGGAGGAGAACGACGAUGAUAUCCAUCUCUGUGCUUUUCUGUGUCUUUGGUAUCCUCUCUGCCCUAGCAACCAACAUAUGGGUAUUUGCCAUUUCUCGUUUCUUCACAGGAGUGGGUGUUGGAUCCAUGGUCCCAGUAUCUGAUAGUCAUUUGCUGGAAUGGUCGCCAAAGGAAUGGAGAGCCCGGCUAGCCAUGUCUCUGACGGGCCUCGCAUUUGCCGUUGGAGCAGCCUUCGCCUGUGUGGUUGGGAUUACUAUGCAUGACUCAUUCGAUGAUCAUUCGUGGUGGAGAUACAUGUUGGCAGUAUGCGUGCUUCCCGGACUGGUUUCUCUGCCGCUUAUCUUGCUCUUCCUGCCUGAGUCGCCUCAUUGGCUGUUGGUCCAGGGGAAGGAUGAAGAGGUCCAGCGACUGAUGGUCCAGCUCUGCGAGUGGAAUGGAGUGCAUCCGCUCGCCGAAGGGAGGGUGUCGUUACCUGAAGAAGCGCCGCCACCUUCGCCCACUCCGAGCACGAAGGGGCAUUGGGGGCUCAUGUUGAGUGUCGACGACUUCUCCAUCGGAGAGAUUUUUGGGAGGAGAUUGCUGUCCACUUCUUUGUUUUGCACGGUUGCAUGGAUAGUCUGCGGGUUCAUUUAUUAUGGGCACAUCUUCAUAUACCCCAUCAUCCUUGAAGACGAGUAUGGGAUGGAGAUCAAAGAAGCUUACAGCACAGUCUUGAUUAGCAUCGGCGUCGAGCUCUUCGCGGUCGUUGUGGCUAUGAUUCUGAUGGACAUGAACGGAAUUGGCAGGAGGGGUACCAUGAUCAUCGGAUUUUUCUUGUGCUUCGUGGCUGUCUGCCUGGUUCCAUUCUGCACAAACCUAUCUCAGUUCAUUGCGCUGAAUUCGUCGAUCAAAGGCAUCAUAGAGGGACCCUUCACUCUCAUCUAUGUGUUUGCUGGGGAGCUGUUUCCUACCACCCACCGAGGUGUGGCAGUGGCAAUUUGCAACAGCUUUGGGAGGAUUGCAGCCAUGAUAGCACCGGUUGUUCUCACAGCGUGCUUCCACGUGUCUCUCCUCUCAGUCUACAUCGGGCUGGGACUGUUCGCACUCGGGGGGUUGUUGGCUGCUGUCUACUUCAACAGAGAGACCUUAGGAAGACCAUUGGUCUCAUAUACACGACAGAUUGAUCCGUAUGAAGAAGCUCCUCCUCUGUUCUUUACCUGGGAAUCCACUGAUGACGAGAACAAGCAUUCAGCAUGA